AUGGUGUCCGCUGUCAGCCAGUGUGGAUGGGAAACACGAAACUGGGUGAUACAUUUCCUGGGUGUGGCCUUCCAGACAUUGGAGGAGGAUGACGUCAUCAAGAACGUCUGCGACAGCUCGGUCACUGACGUUACUCCCACCCUCACAAAAAAACCAGAAACCACGAAAUUACCUAAUACGGAAACAACAAUGGCGACAAUGACACUGACAACUACAGUGACAACGACAGCGACGACAGCGCCAACCACAGCGACGACGACGCCAACUACAUUGACAACAUCGCCAAAUACAGCGACAACAACGCCAAAUAUGGUGUCAGACCAGUGUGACCACAAUGGCGCCACCUCGUGUUUCGCGGAGUUCUCGGCUGAAGUACAUAAAGUGGUUUCAACAGCCUCGACUAUCUCGGGAUCAUCUGCCUUCAACGCAUCGCUCAUUCCUUACAUAUGCAGGCUGUACAGCGACGGUUACGUGCCUUGUGCCACGCUCAAGAUCCGGAAUUGCUCGUCGUCGUUCUCAAUCACCCACCACAUGGUUCAGCACGCCUUCCAGUUCGUCUGUAGUCCACAGAAUGUCGCCAAUAUGUUUGCCAGUCUCGACUGUAUUAGCAAGUCGGAAGUAGUCUCGUCUGUACAGGACUGCACCGCUAGGUUACAAGAAGAUGCCAGAGGUCCAGUGAACGCGUGCAGUAUGCUGACUAAAUAUCAGUUGUGUAUAUUGAAUACCGUGGGCCAAGAAUGUUCUGCACCCAUACAACCUGAUAUAACAGAGUUACUAAACCACGUCCUAUCACCAGUCUACCAGCUGUUCCGCUGUGACGAAGUAAAGCUUCCGGUUCCUGCGAAACCAGUCUCACCAACGACGACCCCGGGAUCUACAGCACCAAUAGAUAUUUCGAAAUGUGAUGGAGCCUGCCUUACGAUUCUGAAAGAUAAACUGUUUGAGAUUAGUGUGAACACAUCUUCGGGUAACUUCGUUUUCUCUGACGUCACAUCUAUAUGUCCCGAGUUUUUCCUGUACCGAGAGUGUCUGACACCGUGGUACAUGGCCUGCCCCGACACCAGCAUGGCGGUUCACGACUCGCUCAUGCAGACAUUCUCCUUCGUCUGUCUCGAGGUAUACCACGAUAUUAACGACCAUACUGAUUGCUGGACAUUGCCAGCGGUGAAAGACCAGUUCGCGAUCUGCAACCAACAGAUGGAGGAAGGUUAUAUUCUGAACCAAGACAGCUGCCUCCAACAGGAGUCCUACAAGAGUUGUCUUCUGACCAAGAUAAACGAGCUGUGCCCCCCGCGAGCCGGACAGAUUCUAGCGACCUACAUAGACCUGGCGCAGUCAGCAGCCUGUGGUACGUCAGCCACGACGGCCACGACCAACCUCACAACACAGACAACUACCGCUACCACGGCUAAACUCACAACACAGACAACUACCGCUGCCACGACCAACCUCACAACACAGACAACUACCGCUGCCACGACUAACCUCACAACACAGACAACUACCGCUACCACGACCAACCUUAAAACACAGACUGCUGUCACGACGUCAACGAAUGGUACAACGACUGAGUGUUCAUACGUAGAAACAACACCAGAACCGAUCACUGCAGCCACGACAAACGUGUCUGAAACAGAGAAUGAGUCCAUCAGCCCGUUUGAGGGUCCCAUCCAGUGCUACGAGUGUAACAGUGGCUACUACCCCUCGUACCAGAAUGAGUACUGCCCAGUUAGCGGCAAGCUGAAGACGUGGGCGCUCUCCACCUCAAUAUGUGACGGGCCGUGUGUGUCGAAAAGCAGCCAAUGGAACAAGGGAGAUAUCUUCCGCGGUUGCUCGAGAAACUAUUACCUGUCCGAGCCAGUUCCCCGGUCAGGUUGUGAGGAGAUUGGCGGGGAGAUGUGGUGUUUCUGCGAUACGGACAGAUGUAACUCUGACGCAAUGGAGGAGUUUGUUGAUCGAGACUAGAGCGCAGUCACGUGGUAGUCCGUGUCCAGACAAUCUAAUGAACACUCAGCAAGAGUAGAAUCCAUCUUCUAUUUAUUAAACCACAUCCAUCAUUAAUUUUAAUGUGUAUUAUUGUAUAUUUAUAUAUGAUCAGUCAUGGUCAAACUAGAAGCAAAUAAAAGACUUGAAAUUGAACUAGACGUAACUGAAGUGACCAACACUACGAACGGUACACGCGUUGGCGAUAAGAAAAUUAUUUCAUCAAAUUCACCAUGCAUAUACCUAUCCAUACAUCUACUUAAGGUCCACGCACGGCUAUCAUAGGCCCAGCUUCUGACAUCGCCAGCCACUUGAUCCGCGGCGAAGGGACUCAUGUACUAGUAUAAUUUACAGUUCGACAAUCAAGAAUAAACAGUUUUGUAAAUGUUACAAAUGUUUAAAACUAUAAUGUACAUAUUUCGAAGAACAUAUUUUG